UGACUUGUCGCCACCCUUGCUGUAACCAUGGAUGGUCCUGACCCUCACCCUUGAUGACGAGCAGCCCUGUGCUGACUGAGAGCUCAGCAGACACCUUUUUUCCAUCCUCACCACCGGUGGAAACCUGAAAUCCGGUUACAGCCACUGACGGGUCAUCGUGAACCCGAAGGCAUCCUGGUUUACUAACAGUCAGACCCAGCCGGAGAGGUUUUGUGUGUCGUAGCUCCUGCUAGCUUCGAGCGGCGUUGAGUCUUGGCGCUCUGCCUGUAGGCAUGUGCAUGCCUGCUUCCAUGGAACUGCAGCCAGGCUUCACGCCCACCAGCAGCCUCGCAGCAGGAUUUGAAUACUGAACGAUAAAACAGGCAAACUGCUGCUGGAGAGAUGAAGCUGUGACGGGAUGAGCGGCGAGCGACAGCUUUCAAAUGACACUGACGAAGAGGGCGCGAUGAAGAGCAGCAACGGUUCAGAACAACUGCUCACCACUCCACUCGCAGCCGGCAACAAUUCCACGGCGACGGUGGAGCUGCAGGCGUGUUUCCACGACGACGAUGCCUUCAAGUACCGCGCCUACACCUUCACUUACCUGCUGCUGUUUCCUGUGGCGUUCCUCUGCAACGUCGGCGCGUUGGCGGUGUUUCUGCUGCAGAGCGGCCGCAGAAGCUCCGCCUCCUGCAUCAUCAUGAUGAAUCUUGCCCUAUCAGACGGCGGCUUCUCCCUCACCCUCCCGCUGCGACUGACUUAUUACUUCAGGGGUGGGGUGUGGGACUUACCUGAUUGGCUGUGUCGGCUGUGUGUCUACGGCUUCUAUGUCAACCUGUACACAAGCAUCCUCUUCCUCACUCUACUGAGCGUGCUCCGCUGGCUCGCUGUGACCCAGCCCCUUCGACACCGCACUCUGGCCACGCCCACUCGGACUCUAUUGGUCUGUCUGGGAGUCUGGCUGUUUGUGGGCGUGUCCUCCACCCCCUUCCUGUCCAAUGGGGUGACAGACAGGGCGGGGUUUCCUCGUUGCUUCGAGCCAUCUAGCCCCUCCUCUUGGGGGCGUGUCCUGAUCUUAAACUAUGUGGCAUUGGCUCUUGGCUUCCUCCUCCCUUUCCUCACAAUCAUCAUUUGCUACAGCAGACUCGUUCGACGCCUGACGGCCCGCUCUGGCCUGCGAGGCGACAGUGCGACCGGCGGCUCUCGUGGUCGCAACCGACGCCGCUCUGUGCACCUGAUCACCAUGGUGACAGCAACCUUCCUGCUCUGCUUUUUGCCCUAUCAUGUGAUUCGAUCUCUGCACCUGCACGCUGUGUGCGGCGGCUGGAGCUGUGACAUCACGGUGGCGCUGCAACGGGCGGUGGUGGUGACGCUGUGUCUGGCGGCGUCUAACAGCGUGCUCAACCCGCUGCUGUAUUACUACUCCACCAGGACGUUCAGAGACAGCAUGAGGGAUGCUCAGUCCUCUCUGUUGUCCAACAGGGGGGGGUCCUUCAGGCCAAGACUGGCUCUGAGGAGGAGAAGGAACACCACCUGAGAGACCUGGAAGAUCCUGCAGCUGGGCUCCUCAAAAAACUCCUUCCUGCUGAGGUGUUGUUGAAGAGGGUCCAGGUGUUUGUGACUGAGGAUCCAGGUGUUGUUGAAGAGGGUCCAGGUGUUUGUGACUGAGGGUCCAGGUGUUGUGACUGAGGGUCCAGGUGUUUGUGACUGAGGGUCCAGGUGUUGUUGAGGAGGGUCCAGGUGUUUGUGACUGAGGGUCCAGGUGUUGUGACUGAGGGUCCAGGUGUUUGUGACUGAGGGUCCAGGUGUUGUGACUGAGGGUCCAGGUGUUUGUGACUGAGGGUCCAGGUGUUUGUGACUGAGGGUCCAGGUGUUUGUGACUGAGGGUCCAGGUGUUGUUGAGGAGGGUCCAGGUGUUGUUGAGUAGGGUCCAGGUGUUUGUGACUGAGGAUCCAGGUGUUGUGACUGAGGGUCCAGGUGUUGUGUCUGAGGAUCCAGGUGUUGUUGAGGAGGGUCCAGGUGUUUGUGACUGAGGAUCCAGGUGUUGUGACUGAGGGUCCAGGUGUGUGACUGAGGAUCCAGGUGUUGUGACUGAGGAUCCAGGUGUUGUUGAGGAGGGUCCAGGUGUUUGUGACUGAGGAUCCAGGUGUUGUGACUGAGGAUCCAGGUGUUGUUGAGGAGGGUCCAGGUGUUGUGACUGAGGAUCCAGGUGUUGUUGAGGAGGGUCCAGGUGUUGUGACUGAGGGUCCAGGUGUUUGUGACUGAGGGUCCAGGUGUUGUUGAGGAGGGUCCAGGUGUUGUGUCUGAGGAUCCAGGUGUUGUUGAGGAGGGUCCAGGUGUUUGUGACUGAGGAUCCAGGUGUUGUGACUGAGGGUCCAGGUGUGUGACUGAGGAUCCAGGUGUUGUGACUGAGGAUCCAGGUGUUGUUGAGGAGGGUCCAGGUGUUUGUGACUGAGGAUCCAGGUGUUGUGACUGAGGAUCCAGGUGUUGUUGAGGAGGGUCCAGGUGUUGUGACUGAGGAUCCAGGUGUUGUUGAGGAGGGUCCAGGUGUUGUGACUGAGGGUCCAGGUGUUUGUGACUGAGGGUCCAGGUGUUGUUGAGGAGGGUCCAGGUGUUGUGACUGGGGGUCCAGGUGUUUGUGACUGAGGGUCCAGGUGUUGUUGAGGAGGGUCCAGGUGUUGUGACUGAGGAUCCAGGUGUUGUGACUGAGGAUCCAGGUGUUGUGACUGAGGGUCCAGGUGUUGUGACUGAGGAUCCAGGUGUUGUUGAGGAGGGUCCAGGUGUUGUGACUGAGGAUCCUGGUGUUGUGACUGAGGGUCCAGGUGUUGUGACUGAGGAUCCAGGUGUUGUUGAGGAGGGUCCAGGUGUUGUGACUGAGGAUCCUGGUGUUGUGACUGAGGAUCCAGGUGUGUUUGCAAAGUCAAAUCUCCUUCAUUUUUCUCAUUUCCUGUUGAGUAGCAGCACCAUCUGCAGGUAUCUUUUAACAGUUCAGCGUGAGUCCCAGCCUGAUGGAUCUUCUUCCUCUGAGCUCCAUUAAAACACAUCAGUGAGCUUCAUCCUCCUUCAUCAUCCUUCAUCACCAUGAACACACACACACACACACACACACACACACACUCACACACCGUCCUGCUGCUGGAUUCAUCCGCCGCUGAAAAUAGUCCCCAGCAGUUCGUCCUGUUUGCUGAUAGAAGCCACAGCGAGCAGCUGUUUGAGGAAACGACUGAAACUUGUUCUAACAGACUCACUGUUGGUUUGAGUUCUUGUAAGAUUUGUGUUUAUGUGUUUAUGUGCUUGUAAAUGACUUUUAUAAAGUGUAAAA